GGGAAUCUCUCAAUGACCAGAGGAAAAGUUUGAUUAAUCACAAUAGUGACAUCAACUCAAUGAUAAACAUGAAGGGUUCGCUCAUAAUUACCACUUGAAGUCACUAUUGCAGCAGUUGUCUCUAUUCACUUCUGAAGGGUGAGCUGUCCCAAAGAAUCCAUAUCCGGGCAGUGAUGGCAGUGCGAUUGUCGCCUAAUGUUGACUAGGUUUUGGUCUGCAAAGAUAUGCACAAUCCAGAGACCUUGCUUGGUGAGACCCAGUAGAAAUGUGAGCUUCCCAUGCUUUUAUGGUGCCAUCACAGUGCAGAGAUCGGAAGAGCAGGGCAGAAUAGUCAAGAGAUCAACAUCCGAUAAUGAUUGAUGAUUAACAAGUUGAGCCGAGCCUGGGAUUAACCGAUGUUGAAAGUUGGAUAAAAAUCGAUCUCUCGUUUCAUUUGAGUCUUGGCAUAUUCUCUUCUACAAUAGAAAUGCCAUCAAAUCUUUCCAACUAACAAUAUUUAGAAGAGGGUAAAACUCAGAUAAAUAAAUAAAUAUCUAAGGAAGUCAACAUGAAGAUGUUGACUCCACUCCAUAGAAUUUGCGGAUGAAAAAGGAGCGAGAAUCUUGAGUAUCUUGGGUGUUCCAGGGUUGAUUUUUAUCUUGCCAUAUUCCAUCAUGGAGACGGGAACUCUUGAAGGUUUUCAUAUUCAGUGCUCUCUAAUAAAUAGGGAAUUGCUUUGAUUUUGUGUGCUUUCUAACAGCUCAAGCUUUAGGAGCAUGGUUUAAUAAUACUUGCCGGUAUCUCAAUUUCUUUGGCUUAACUUUCCUGCCUGUAUAAGAUUUAAGAUUGUUAAGUUGCAGAGAUGGUCUUGGCCCCUACUGAAAAGGUGGUUUUAGGCUCAAUAGCCUUUGCAAUCUUCUGGGUUUUGGCAGUGUUCCCAGCAGUUCCUUUUCUACCCAUUGGUAGGACUGCAGGGUCUCUCCUAGGAGCCAUACUCAUGGUCAUCUUCAGGGUCAUAACCCCAGAUCAAGCAUAUGCUGCCAUUGACCUCUCAAUCCUUGGCCUUCUUUUUGGAACUAUGGUCGUGAGCGUCUAUCUUGAACAAGCUGAUAUGUUCAAAUACUUGGGUGUACUGCUUUUAUGGAAGAGUAAGGGUGCAAAGGAUUUGCUUUGCCGGAUAUGUGUAGUUUCUGCCAUUUCAAGUGCAUUCUUCACCAAUGACACCAGUUGUGUUGUGCUGACAGAGUUUGUUCUGAAAAUAGCUGAGCAGAAUAAUGUCCCUCCCCAUCCCUUCUUACUGGCCUUGGCCUCGAACGCAAAUAUUGGAUCUUCUGCAACUCCAAUUGGUAAUCCCCAAAACUUGGUCAUUGCCAUCCAGAGUAGCCUCUCUUUUGGGGAAUUCUUGUUGGGACUCCUCCCUGCAAUGCUGGUGGGUGUUUUCGUCAAUGCUUUGAUCCUUCUAUGCAUGUAUUGGAGACUGCUGUCUGUUGAAAAGGAUGAAGAACAUGCUUUGGAUGAAGUGAUUUCCGAGGAAGAUGCGGCUUCCCACCGCUUCUCACCUGCAGCCAUGUCACAUCCCACAGCUUCAAAUUCUCAAGAAUUGAAUCCUGUGUUGGAACCAAUGAAUACCUGGGGCUCCCCAAGUUCAAAUGGGAGCACAAUCCAUACCGAGACUCUCAGAAACAGAGCAGGUUCAAAACAGAGCAAUUUGCAGGGGACUUUGAAUGGUGGCGUUGAGUUAACAAGGAAUUCAAGUGCUUCCAAAGAGGGGGUGGUUGGUGAUGAUUUCCCUCAACCGAGGGAGCAAGAUUUUCAUUCGAGGAGAGUUGAAAAAAGUGCGCUAAAUGGCAGUGAUGAAAUGGUGAAUGUCGACGAGGAAGACACUGUCCCAGUGCAGCCUCUGGAAGAAAAUGAAAGCUCGGCCAAGCCAUGGAAAAGACUGCUUUGGAAGACAUGUGUUUACCUUGUUACUAUUGGCAUGCUGAUAGCAUUGCUUGUUGGUCUAAACAUGUCAUGGACAGCCCUUACUGCAGCACUUGCUCUUGUGGUUCUCGACUUCAAGGAUGCUCAGCCAUGCCUACAAAAGGUUUCAUAUUCUAUCUUAAUCUUCUUUUGUGGCAUGUUCAUCACAGUGGAUGGCUUUAACAGAACAGGGAUACCUAGCACUCUCUGGAACCUAACCGAGCCUUAUGCACGAAUCAAUCAUGUUGGAGGGAUCGUAGUUCUUACCCUAGUCAUUCUUGUCCUCUCAAAUGUUGCUUCAAAUGUGCCUACUGUUCUUUUGCUUGGAGCAAGAGUGGCAGCAUCAGCAACAAUGACAUCUCAGGGCCAAGAGAAAAGGGCAUGGUUGAUCUUAGCAUGGGUGAGCACGGUUGCUGGAAACCUUUCGCUGUUGGGGUCAGCUGCAAACCUGAUAGUGUGCGAGCAGGCUCGUCGUGCUCGGUUCUUUGGCUACACUCUCUCCUUCUGGAGCCACCUCAAGUUUGGUGUUCCUUCAACUCUCAUAGUCACAGCCAUUGGCUUACUCCUCAUAAGGGGUUGAGCAAUGUCAAUACGUAUAUCUAUUUCAAAGGCUAAGAACUUAGACUUUCCAUACUGUUCCAUUGCCCAUGCUACAGUCUCACAGCACCAACUCCAGAGUCCAAAGCCAAUGUGUCAUAUACUAUGUUUUCAUGCUUUUUCCUAUGCUUUCCCAGGAACCAAACAAAUCUUGAUUUUGUGAAAUUCGAUGAAGUGGAAAAUAUUAUGGAAGCCCAUUUGAACA